AUGGUCAACACGCCCACGCAGGCAAUGCGCGCAGCAGCACCGCAUGUCGCAGAUGGCGCACUCCCCGACGCCACCGCAUCGCCUCUGUGUGCGCGCACUGAACUGCCGCUCCUCACACGACAGCAGACCGCGCGCGCGUGGCACGUGCGCAACGCGCUCGUCGUCGCGCCGCUCGCCCCCUGUUGCCGCAGUCUCGCGACGUUCGCGAGCGCCGUCCGCGAUCGGACAGCCGGUGACGCGGAGCUCACGUUGCCGGCGCUGCUGGACCUGAUGACGCCUGCGACAUGCGACGAACAGCAGCAACCGCAGCUGCACGAGGCCCUUGUGCGGCUCUUUGGUGCAGUUACAGGCACAGACGAGAAGCAGAGGCGAUGGACACACGUGGCCAGUGGCUGUCUCGUGCUCGUGCCGGGCGACGUCAGGCGCAAAGUGGCGACGGCGGUGGACUUUAGUCGACGCACGUGUGGCAGUAGAGCGGAAGUAGAAGAAGACGCUGACGGGCGCGUGACGGCGGAAAAUGUGCGCGUGGCGCUGCGCUGUUUGUGGCGGUCGGUCGUGGCCGCGUUUGAUCUCGCGACAGACGAGACGACGAGCGACGAGGAGCGGCACGUGCGCGCGUCGAUUCACUCGGUGGACGUCGAGGAGAUCGUAGCGCGUCUAUGGGCCGCGCAGUCUGCAGGCGAAGACGAGUCGCUGGCGUUUGACACGCAGGUGUGGCCGUGGAUCGAAGAGGCGAGUGACGGGCCGCAGGACUGCGGCGCAUGGCUGCAGUUGCUGGACAUGGCCCACUGGCCAGGAGCCGAGAAACAGACGUCGUUGACUGGCGAGUCGGACGUUGCAGGAGAAGAGGUAGAGGAGGACGAAGAAGAGGAGGGCGGAGAAGGUGCUACAGCACUGGGCUUUCGCUUUUCCAGCAUCGAAGGCGGCGUGUUGACGAUUGGGGAGCAGCAAGCAGCGGAUUUGUAUGAUUUGCUGGUGCAGUCGGCGUUUACGCGCGUGGCGCCCGAGACAAUGUACGACACGUUUAUCCAGCACACCGGCGAUGGUCUGCUUGAGGAAGAGACGUUUUUGGAAGCGAUUGAAGAGCUCUUGAGCAUGACGGACCAGCAGCAUCUGAUGGAGGAGAGCGCGUUCUUGGAAGUGAUGCUUGCGCUCUUUCGGUCGUUUUUGCCUGCGAGCUGCCUCACCGUGGACGCGUUCGAGGUAGCGGCUGGCUUUAGUCUAAUGGCGUGGGGAUCGAAAAGCGACAAGCUCGCGGCUGCGUUUCACUAUUUUGACGCAGACAGCAAAGGGUGUCUGAAUCGUCAGCAGCUUUGGAGGUUCUUGCGCUCUGUUCUGAUCACGCUUUUGCAUUUCUCCCCUCCAGCUGAAGCUGUGCUGCGGUACGGUUCUCUGGCGGGAGUAGUCGACAAGGGAGAAACAGAAAUCUUGGAGACCAUUAUGGAGAGUUUUUAUAGCGAAGAGGGAGAUGACGAGCACGAUUCGGACAUGCAAGAUGGUUUAUACGCCUUUGAAGACUUUGGAUUGUGGUAUAAUGGCGGAGGUUACAAAGCAAUGAGCUGGCUCGAGUUGCUGGAUCUUCGGAAGUGGGUGUUUGUGUCACCUUCGUUUACGUUGGAGGGUCUUGAUACUCGUUCGGUAGACCCAGUUGUAGCCAGCAACAAUUAUUACACGGCAAAUAACAUCCAAGUGGACGUCGAUGCCGUCGAUGCGUCCGACGAAGAUCUGGGUGUCAAGAAGCCAUACUUCACGUUUGCCGAUGUUAUUGACGAAGAAAAUGAGGAGGAGGAGGAGGAAGCAAUGUCAACGAAGAAAGACGCGACUCUGUUUGCGGAGUCGAUUGAGUCGUCCUCCACGGCUGUGCCGUCGAACAGCAGUAGCGUCCCUGCAACGCUUCCGGCAAUUUGUCUAAAAAAUGAGGUUGUGCUGGAAUUCGACUUGCCAUUUGAUGCCGGCAACGAUGCAGUGACCGAGCUCCCGCUGAUGAGUUUGAGCUACGACAACGGCGAUUUGAUCCAGUUCUUUGAAUUGCAGCGAGUGCUGAAGCUCAAUCAGGUGCAAUUGUACCAAGUGUAUGACGCGUUUGAGCCGUAUAUGGACGAUCAGCUAUCUAUGUCUAUCGAGAAGCGGACAUUUGACAAAUGUGUGGAAAAUCUAUUGCCUGUGGAUAUAUCUCCUAGCGUGGCAGCUGCGUUUGUUGCGAAUAGCAACACCCGCGUUGCGCCACGGGGUGUGAGCCGCGGAAAGGAAGUGAAGAUGGCUGCAGAUAUUCUCAGCCGUUUGUUUUUCGCGUUCAACCGUGGCGGGACGGGCAAGAUCGAUUUAGUAGAGUUCGUGGCUGCUUUCACGAUCUUUUGUGCGGGCUCGAAGAGUGAAAAGCUGGCAUUUGCCUACCGACUCUUUGACGCUGACGGAGACGGCUGUCUUACUCGCCGUGAGAUGUGGAAGUAUUUGCGGUCCUUUUUGACCAUGCUGUUGGCUUUGGGCAAUGGUUCCGAGCUGUCUGCUGAGGCUAUUGCUAGUGUGGCAGACACGACUGCGAUCGAAAUUGCCGAUCGCAUUUUCAAAGACACCGACAAGACGUUUAGCACUCGACGGUCGGUACCAAAUAUGCAAUAUGACGGUCAGCGACGUAGUUUGGACGUCGCUACACCCGCCGACGCGGCCUCGAAUAGGGGUCGAUUGCAUCACCGAGGUCAAGAACGUUAUGAACACCGCGGGUCAUUUCCGGGUGACACCAGUCUUCAUCUCGUCGGCGCCGCAUCACGCGCAUCAGGUGCUGGAGCUGGGAGCGCAUUUAUUCGCGGAGGCGUCGUGUCGUUCGAAGAAUUCGCUGUGUGGUACUCGAAGCACGGUUACACAAUCAUCGCGUGGGUUGAGCUGCUGGACACGAAAAAAUGGCCAGAGGUGCCUCGUUCGGUGUCUAGUGCAAUUCUUCGAUACAUCAGUCGGCAACAGCAUGCGCUGGAAAACGCCACGCGAAUGGAAUCCGAAGACACUGGCUCGGGAUCUUCUAACGAUACGGUGUCGUCUAACGAGAGUUCGAACCGCGUAAAUGAAUCGUUGGUGCCAAAUAUGCCUGAAUCGAGCAUGGCGAUACUUGACACUACCGGCUUCGGGACUACCGAUCGUUAUGCCGUUGAAGCAGGCAUGGAUGCCGUCAGUGGCAUUGCGAAUCUCAUCACAUCCCCGACAGCAUCGGCAACUGCAGCAAAAGAUCUGUCUUCAGUGGCAUUGCAGUUCAAGAUGACAACUUUCGACAACACGACCUUACGCAUCCGCUUGAAAGAUGUUGCUAUUGUCUACACGAUUUCGGAACGCAUGAACCUGAGUCGUAUGACGUGUGGCGAACUCGUGCAUUUGCUGAAGAAGCACGCACAGAACCGCUCGCUGACUAAGUUGGGUUAUCUGCGUGCCAUGCGCAGCCUCGUGCCGCGCGACGAGCUGUCGGACGAGGACCAGGAAUUCCUUUCGUUCCACUUGCUGCGUAUCUUUACAUUUUUCGAAAAAGAGAGUAUAUCGCAGGGUGGUGAAUCUACUGGAAAUGGUAGCAUUGACGAAAGCGAGAACCAAAGUGGAUUGUUUGCCAGUGGGGUGGGCACGAGCACUACAUCCGUUGAGAUUGUACAUCUUGUCGCGGGCAUGUGCGUGUUUUGCGGCACAACGAAGAGCGCUAAGCUGAGCGUGUUGUUCAAGCUGUUUGCGUCACAUGGAAACGGGCACGUUUCUCGGCGCCGACUAUUUGAGAUGCUGAAGUCUAUCCUAGUGGUGUUGUUUGCUUUCUCGAGCUACGAUGCUGCACGCGGCAGCUCGAACCACACAGGUUCUUCUAGAUCCUGUAGUAACAACUCGGCCGCCGAGCGUGCAGCUGGCGUUGUUGUAUCUAAGUUAUUCUGUGAGGCUAGAUGUAAACGUCCGGACAUCAUCAGUCUUGCUGAGUUCGCUGCAUGGUAUGCAGCAGGAGGGUAUAUGGACUGUCCGUGGUUGGAGCUCCUCGAUCUGUCGAAGUGGCCGGCCAAAGAAGCUUUUGAGGCGAGCAAGCGCGAGAAACCGCUGCUGUGCGCUUUCGACAUGCUUGAAGAAGGCAACAUUUUGCACUUCACAGAGAGCGACAUAUCGACGUAUCUGUUCAUGCUACGCUCGACGAAGCUUAGCGAGCUGAGUGUAAGCAAAGUGUAUGAUGCACUACUGGCUUAUGCUACCCCGUCAGCUGAGGAGGCGCUAAAGAUGUCGAAGGCCGUUGGCACACAGAGUCGGCGGGGCCAGAUGUACUCGUACGCUGCUGUUGAAGAAGAUGAAGGAGCUUAUCUUGUGUUGACGCGCGCAAACUUCUACGAAUGUGUGCGCAGUCUGGUAUCCAAGGACAACAUGUCCGAGAAGGCGCAACAGACGUCAUCCAAGCUACUCUCACGCCUGUUCAACGUGUUUGACCGCAAGCGUUGUGGUCGUGUGAAUGCCCUGGAACUUGCGUGCGGUUUGAGCAUUCUGGGCAAAGGCUCCAAAAGCCAGAAACUCUCGUUGGCAUUUGACUUCAUAACGAGAAUGCGGCAGCAGCGGCACAAGACACUUGCGAGUUAUGCACCGGUGCCUUACAGCACCUCCGCCGGCUUAGGUGGAUUCGGAGCACAAAGUACGGCUACGGGAGGACUCGGUUUCGGACUCGACAGUGUUCAGGGCAGUCAAUAUUCGAUGAAUGUUGGCUCGUUCGGGUUCCCUAGUACCCGCGAUUUCACAUCAGCUGCGCAGAGAAAGACACGAGGUGGCACGGCUCGUCAGGCUCCACCGCCAUCGGUAGCCGAGGUGAAUGCGCUUCCACAUUCGGUUUUGUUCAUCUACUUGCGGUCAUUUCUGCUGGCGCUUAUGGCACUCAGCGACGGGACAUAUCGCCUCGGAUUGGAAAAGAUUUACGUGGAGGCGGACGAUUUCAUCGAAGAAGCGAUGGGCGAUCUUAUGACGGAUGUAUCUAACACCGGCGAUACAAGCGGGACUGCAGGCACUGGUCCAUCUGCUUAUGGCAGUGCACGCACGCGGGCGCGUGUGACGUUCGAGCAGUUUGGCGAGUGGUAUAACACGGGUGGCUACCAGCUGAUUUCGUGGGUGGAGCUUCUCGAUGGCAGCAAGUGGCAGCAGCAGCAAGAGUUCCAGGAUCCGUUGAUGGGAUCGUCCGCCCCUAGCAUUGCUUCCGCGUUCCAGAGCAGUCGUGCUGCCCCUUUCAUGGGAUCGCGAAACCGCGGCCCGAUUUCUACCACCGCUUCCAUGACAGUGGAGCCUAUGCAACCACUUCACCACUCAGUGAAGCCCGCAACGCGAAGGAGACAAGUGCGUCAGAGUGACAUUGUGUCAGCGCCAUUCGUCCGUGAUCUUCCGACUCCAGGUCCGGAUCUAAAACCGAGCUCCCGCGAAUCUGCCAGCGCUACAAGUCUCUGCUCAGACGGCCCCGCUAUGGUGUUCGCCGUUGCAAAGGAUGCCGCCGAAUUGCAGUUUUUCAGUGAGGAAAUCUCCACGCUCAAGCUGUUCUUGCGGCAAACGCAAUUGCACACAGCGACCUCGUGGGAGCUACGGGACGCUGUUCUGAAAGCGCUGGGUGCUUCCGCUGCCAACAGCACUGGUACAGUGCUGACGCGUCGCAGCGUGUUUCUGGGCACACUGCAGACAGUAUGUGAAACAUUGCAUGUAGCGAUGCCGUCAAGCGGAUCGGACGGUCAAGUUGGAUCGUUGAAUGACGAGACGGUGGAGAUGCUCCACUCGUUACUCGGUGUGUUCGUGCACGAACCUGCGUCUGACAAUGAAGAUGGACAAAGUGCAAGCGAAGAUGCGGACGAUGACGAGCCCGAGGGGUCCGUGGACAUCAGUGCGGCGAUAUGUGGUUUGCUGGUUGUUUGCAAAGGUUCGAUGUUUGAGAAGCUCCAGUGUUGUGCGUCACUGAUGAACGACGACGACGACGACAAGAAUGCUGGAGAGGGCGAAGACAAGAAUGAGAAAGCGGCAUGUGAAACGGUGAAGGUAAAGACCAUCAAGUCGAGCCUCACGUGCUUCUUGAUGGCGUUCUACGGCAUCAGCAGUUCGCUGAGUGCCGAGAUCGCGCGCUACUCUGCCGAUCUCGGCGCCGACGCCGUCUUGCAGUCGUAUGCCGAAUCGUCGACAGACGCUGCAGAUUUGAACUCGGACACAGCAGUGUCGCUUCGUGCCUUUAGUGACUGGUUCAGCGAAUCCGGCUACCCGUCGCACUCGUGGCUCGAGUUGGCUGAGCUGAACCACUGGCCAGCUGCCGUCAAUGUCUGCGGCAGCAACGGGCUCCCUGACGACUUGAACUAG